UUAGGAAUCUUUUCCUUGAGGUGAACGGACAUGAAGUUCUCUGUGGUGUGCGUUUUGGCUGUAGCCUACUUUGCUGCACCAGGUUACUCCGAACCCUUCAUCAUGGAACUUCCAGGCUACGCAAAAACGGUUAUGGGUGCUUAUGGAAACCUUAGCACGUCCUGGUACGAUCCCCAACGUCCGUUUUACUCUUUCCGCUAUUUCCACUACGCGGCAAAACCCACUUAUGAGAAUCGAUUCCUGCCUCCAAUCCCUUCAAACUACCCUUACCCUGAUGAUGAGAUUUACAAUUCAAUCGAUUUGCCACCCGGUUGUGCGCAAGGUGAACGAAAUCUACUGGAAGAUUGCCUUAUUUUAAGCGUUUACACUCCAUACUUUCCAGGUAACGCCUCUGAUCCUUCAACAAAAUUUGACACUUUAUUGCCCGUCAUGGUUUGGAUUCACGGUGGUGCUUUCAUAUUUGGUCAAAGUAUUCUGUAUGAGCCAAACACUUUUAUGGCGCAUGACAUCGUGAUGGUUGUAAUACAAUAUCGCCUGGGUCCUCUUGGAUUCCUUUCACUAGACACGGAAGAAAUUCCAGGAAAUGCCGGCAUGGCUGAUCAGGUCGAAGCGUUGCGUUGGGUCCAGAAAUUCAUCAAAUAUUUUGGUGGAGACAAAGACAAAGUCACUAUCGUUGGAGAAAGUGCCGGUGCAGCCAGUGUGGGUUUCCUACUUCUUGCUCCCCAAUCAAAAGAAGAAGGUUAG